AUGGGUAUCAAGGACGUCUUCAACCGCGCAAAGAGCGUCGAGAUCGAGAGGACGCACCACACCUCGAACAAGGAGGAGACCCACCAGUCUGAUCUUCCUGGUCAGGGUGCUCCUGGUCUCACUCCCGUUCCCGCUCUCUACGAGGCCCCCGCUCGCAGCGACAUCACGCUCGAGGAGUACAUGUUCUAUGCCCAGAUCCAGCGCGAGCAGGAGAAGCUGUACGGCGCUGCAGGUGUCGCUGUCGAGGCCAACGCUCCCCACGGCAAAGGCUACCUCGAGGACGCCAGGCAGGAGAAGAAGCACUUCUCUUCGGACAGCGAGCACGGCGCUGCCGUCGAGGCUGGGGCGGUCAAGCCGACUGUCAACAACACGGAUGCUUCCACCUUCGACCAGCUCGAGGGCCUUCCCGAGUCCGAGAAGGAGACUCUCAACGCGCACCGCGCCUUCAAGACUGCCACCUGGGUCGGUAUCUUCUACCUGAUCACCACCGAUAUUCUCGGACCUUACGGUGCUCCUUACGCCAUGUCCCAGAAUGGCUGGGUCACUGGUAACGUCAUGUACAUUGUCAUGGGCUUCUGCGCCUGGUGGUGUGGUAUCGCCCUCUGGAAGCUUUUCUGCCAGCUCGACUCGGCACGUUACCCUAUCAAGUCGUACGGAGACCUUGGCGAACGUAUCGUCGGCACCCCGAUGCGAUACACCUUCAACGCUCUCCAGACUCUCCAGCUAAUCAUCAACGUCGGUCUGAUCUGCCUCACCAACGGCCAGGCGUUGAGCCAGGUCAUCAGCGGCGCCCCUGGCAGCGCCCACCUGUGCUUCUCUGUUUGCGUCGUUCUCUUCUCCCUCAUCGGCAUGGGCUUUGCUCAAAUCCAGACCUUCCGUGGUCUCGGCUUUGCGGCUGCGACUGCUGUCUACCAGAACAUCGCCAUUGUCAUCAUUUCCAUGGCCGCCAUCAUCAAGUACGGCCCUUACAUCGCCGGUGCUCAGGCAUCUUUUGGCAACCAAUACCCUUACAACAACCAGCCCGUCAUGACCUCGGCGUUUGUCUCGUACGACAUCUCGACCAAGGUCAACGGUCUGAUGAACAUGGUCUUUGCCUACGGCGGUGCGAUGAUCUUCCCAGAGCUUAUGGCUGAGAUGCGACGCCCCAUGGACUUCUGGAAGGGUAUGAUCAGUGCCCAGGCGUUGAUCUGCACCGUCUACCUCGUCUACGCCAACGUCGUCUACUACUACCAGGGACAGUACGUACUGGGCCAGUCGUACAACGGUAUUGCCAAGUACGUUUUCCAGACCAUCUGCAACAUGCUCGCCAUUCUCUCCGGUACCAUCGCCGCUGCGCUCUACGGAAACGUCGGUCUCAAGGUCGCCUACGUCAACACGGUGCAGAACCUGCUCAAGGGUCCUGCGCUCUCGAGCCCGCGCGGCCGAGUCAUCUGGGCGGGUAUGUCGGUCGUCUACUGGGCACUGGCCUUCGUCAUUGCCUCGUCCAUUCCCCAGGUGCAGACCAUCUCUGGUCUGAUCGCCGCCAUUGCUAUCAUGAACUUCUCCUACUCGUUCCCCUUCAUGCUUGCGCUGAUCUUCUACAUCAAGCGCGAUGCGAUGGUGGGCGACGCACCGUUCACUCCGGGUCUCACCGCGCUGAGGCAGGACACCUGGAAUUCGUGGUCCCGCUGGCAGCGUGGCCUCUUUGGCGGCCACUACGAGAUUCUCGGCGUCGUUAUCCCCGGUAUCGUCGUCAAGAUUGUCCUGCUGAUCAUGACGCUCGGCUCGUACACCCUUUCGGGAUUGGGUAUGUACGGCUCAGGUGAGUCGAUCAAGGCUGUCUUCGACUCGACGGCUGCGGCUACCUCGUUCGGUUGCAAUGCCCCUGUGUAA